AUGUCCAAAAUCGCAUCGACAUUUUCGCGCCUGGUGCGCUUCGUUCCGAAAUCCAAUCCCGCCAGGGUUCUCAUCGGCGAGCCGAUCGAUCCGCAACUAGAUGUCGGGUUAGCCGUGUACCAAGGCAAGGAUGUCUCAGUGCGCCCAUUCUCGGGGUCAUCUAUGUUGAAUCCGGGGUCGAUUACCGAGUCAAUUGAGUCGAUUUCUCGGAUUCUCUCGCCUUUGGCGCAGACUGAAGUCGGAACCAUCCGCUGUGUUGGCUUGAACUAUGCCUCGCACGCAAGGGAGAUGUCCCUCCCCAUCCCCGAUGUGCCGACCCUCUUCAUGAAGCCUUCGACCUCGCUCGCCGAUCCAUGGCCCGCACCGACUGUCCUUCCCAAAAUCACCCAAAAAGACAACACCGGCGACUACGAGUCGGAGAUGGUAAUUGUGCUUGGUCGCGACGCCAAGGAUGUACCAGAGUCCGAGGCCCUGAGCUAUGUCCUCGGCUACACCGCCGCCAAUGACGUGUCAAGCCGAACGUCGCAGAUGAACCAAAGCCAGUGGUCCUUUUCCAAGGGUUUCGACGGCGCAUGCCCGAUCGGUCCCGUGUUGGUCUCUGCGGCCCUAAUGCCGGAUGCUAGCAAGUUCAGGAUUCGCGGCCUCAAGAGCGGCCGUGUCAUGCAGGAGUCCUGCCCACUCACCGAUCUCAUUUUCUCGGUGCCCCAGUUGAUUAGCUUCUUGUCACAGGGUACGACCCUGCCUGCCGGGACCGUCAUUCUCACGGGUACCCCGCCCGGAGUUGGUGCGGCUAAGAACCCGAAAGAGUUCAUCAAGGCCGGGGAUGAGUUUGCCGUUGAGCUGCUGCCUCAUGUCGGCACUCUGAUUAACAAGAUCGAGCACCAAUAA